CUGUUGAAUUUUUGUUUUGAGAGCGAGAGCAUCUAGAGAGAGAAAAAUCGUAUAGUGGUUACAAUGGUACAGUAACCCAAGUUUAAUAUACACAGCACAAAGUCAAAAAGAGUCGGUUUUCUUCAAAAGCUUCAAAAUUAGGGCUUUCUGUGGAUUUUAGCUCCUGGGUUUUGGUCAGUUUGUUGCAAAAUCAGUACUUUUGAGAGGUCAUAAGCUGAAUAUUCAUCUAGUUUUUGGUGAGGUGGUGAUGAUGAUGACUUAUGGGCAGCACAACAUUGAAGGAUAGUGCAGAAGAUGACACAAGGUUCUCUGCUGUGAUGCCGAGCUUUGUUCCGCAGAUGCCUAUUUCAAAUACCGUUGGCUCAGAGGGGGGCACUUCCCAUUCUUCUCGAAUUUCUGACUUUGGGGCCCUUGAACAAUCUCUCGGAUUUCGUGUAGCAGAUGCUGCUAACAGUAGUAGAAAUCCUGUAUCCCAACCAACAAAUUCAAUUAAUCCAAUAGGAGCCUCUGAUUUCCAAUUUGGCUCAUUCAAUAAGUCACUUGCUGCCUUCAAUACAAAUUUAUCUGCUGUUAUUGCGGGGUCUCAGACAUUACAGUUGCAAAAGGGACAGCAGUUGAACUUAACUUCUGUAUCGGGCAGUCAUCGUGAGAACGGUGGGGAGGCAAAUAUGGCAGCUGCCAGUCCUCUAACUGAUACCUCAACAGACGUGGAUACAGAUGAGAAAAAUCAAAGGUUUGAAAUGGGUCAAUCGAAUGCUCUUGUGGCCUCUGAUUCAAGCGACAGAUCAAAGGAGAAAACAUUGGAUCAGAAGACGUUAAGGAGGCUUGCUCAGAAUCGUGAAGCUGCCAGAAAAAGCCGAUUGAGAAAAAAAGCCUAUGUACAACAGCUGGAGAGCAGCCGGCUGAAGCUGACCCAACUUGAGCAGGAGCUGCAGCGAGCCCGCCAGCAGGGAAUAUUCAUUUCAAACUCAGGAGAUCAGUCCUCCCAUUCAUCGGGUGGAAAUGGGGCCUUGGCAUUUAAUGCAGAAUAUGCACGAUGGAUGGAAGAGCACAAUCAGCAGAUAAAUGAGCUUAGGGCAGCGGUCAAUUCACAUGCAAUCGACACCGAACUUCGUACUAUUGUGGACAGUGUCAUCACACAAUUUGAUGAUGUUUUCAGGCUGAAAGGCAAUGCAGCCAAGGCUGAUGUUUUCCACAUAUUGUCAGGGAUGUGGAAAACACCUGCAGAACGGUGUUUUAUGUGGAUCGGUGGCUUCCGCUCCUCUGAACUUCUCAAACUCCUCGUGAAUCAAUUAGAGCCUCUGACGGAACAACAAUUAAUGGCCAUCUACAACUUACAGCAAUCAUCACAGCAAGCGGAGGACGCACUCUCUCAGGGUAUGGAAGCAUUGCAGCAAUCUCUGUCUGAGACAUUGGCCAGUGGAUCUUCUUCAGGGCCAUCGGGAUCAUCAGGAAAUGUGGCAAAUUAUAUGGGUCAAAUGGCAAUGGCCAUGGGAAAGUUAGGAACUCUUGAAGGUUUUGUCCGUCAGGCUGAUAGUUUGCGACAACAAACGCUACAACAAAUGCAUCGUAUACUGACAACCAGACAAUCAGCCCGAGCCCUCCUUGCAAUAAAUGACUAUUUCUCCCGACUUCGAGCUCUUAGUUCUCUCUGGCACGCCAGGCCACGGGAGUGAUGAACUGUGCACUCCUUUAUCAUACCAUCUUGAAGAUUGGCUCCAAUCGGUGGACCAAAAUUCACCGACAAGUUUUCAAAUGGAUCAAAACUAUAUAUAUUCCAUGUCCGGUGGACUGCAUGUGACGGCCGAGUGCUGUGGAACCAUCCUGUUUGCGGUGCAGGGAGGGAGCUUAAUUUAUUGUAUUUACGCCCCGAUCUGCACAUGUAAAUUACAUAUGUUAGGUGUUGUAUGCAAAAAUUCCUUAUGUAUGUGCCAAUAAUAAUAUGAAUAUGUUGAUGUAUCUACCAGAACUAGGAAGGGAUUGUAGAAUGGUUACUUGGGAUUUUAGCUAUAGUUUGUAAUACCAAAACCAAUUGGAAAGGAAUUUUAUUUAGGGUUGUAAUGUUUUAGAAUUUUCUUGUAAGAAAUGUCUGUUGAUUCUCUAUGUUUGCUUUUGUGAAA